CUGUCUCUUCCUCUGAGAUCUGCAGCUGCUCAUCCUUCAUCCCAUUUUAAAGAAACUUUAUCUCCACUUUGUUUUUCAAACACGACUCUUCAGGCCGUUGGGACAAAUGGAAUCCAGAGACAAAAGUAAAGACUCUGCUCAGUCUGGGCCAAGGGACCAAAGUUCUGCACCAAACUCACCGACAACGAGAGGAAGAAAACGAGACAGGAACAACCUGACCACGACAAAUAUGGCUUCAAAUUUUAGAAAGCAAAUUGAAGAAAGCAAGAAGAUAGACAACGGACCUCCUGCACAAUACCAGCUGCAGCUGAAAAGAGUAAAUCUGGACAAAGAAUCAAAUGAAGAAUCUAAACUGAGGAGAUUUACUCUUGGAAAAUAUGAUCCACGGCAUCUGAACAAGACCAUCCUCCUGGUGGGAGAGACAGGCUCAGGGAAGUCCACUCUGAUCAACGCUCUGGUCAACUUUGUGAUGGGGGUGGAGUUUGAAGACAAAGUCUGGUUUGAGAUCAUCUCAGAUGAGAAGGACAGACCUCAGUCUGAGAGUCAGACCUCUGCUGUGUCUGUUUACGACAUCUAUGGAUUCGAGGGAAAAACUGUCCCUUAUUCACUGACCAUCAUCGACACUCCAGGAUACGGAGACACCAGAGGAUUAGAACAUGAUGAUAUGGUCACAAAAAAACUGAAAGACCUGUUCUGUAUCCCUGAGGGAGUGGACACAGUCAAUGCUGUGGGUUUGGUCAUGAAGGCCUCAGUGAACAGACUGGACGAGAGGAUGGCCUACAUCUUUAACUCUGUCACUUCAAUGUUCAGCAAAGACAUGGAGCAGAACAUUGUGGUGAUGAUGACUCACUCAGGUGGAGGAAAACCUAAAGAUGCUCUCAGAGCUCUGGAAGAUGCAAAGAUUCUUUGUGCCAGAGACUCAAAAAAUGAACGAGUGUAUUUCAAGUUCAACAACCGUCAAAAAGACAAGAUUGAAGAUGACAGUGAUGAUGAAGAGGAAGAUGCAAAACAUGCAUUUACAACUUCAAACAAGGGAAUGGAGAAGUUCACAAAGUUUCUGGAAACAACAAAACCUCAGUCUCUGAAGUCGACAAUGAAGGUGAUUAAAGAGAGGAACAGACUCACGGCCUGCAUCCAGAACCUAAAGGAACGAGUGACAGAGACGGAAAUGAAACAGAAGGCAAUCAGAAAGAACAGAGAGGAACUUUCACGACUUCAAAAAGAGAACAAACAUUUUAAAGUUAACAUAGAAGAAACCUACAAAGUGAAAGAGGAAAUAGACGCCUGGUGGGACAACAAAGCUGUCACCUGUAAUAACUGUGAAGAGAACUGUCAUUACCCAGGAUGCACCUGGGCCUGGAGUCCAAGCUGGUGUGAGGUCAUGAAAGACGAGAAAUGUACUUCCUGUUCUGGGAAGUGUCCAGCAGACGAUCAUGUGAAAGAAAACUGGAAAUAUGUGACAAAGACCAGAAGAGUGGAAAGGACCAAAGAAGAAAUGAAGGCGAAGUUUGAAAAGAACAAAGCUGCGAGUGAGAAGAAGACCAGUCUGCUGCAGCAUCUGGAGACGGAAAUGUCUGAGCUUGAACAAAAGAAAAAAGAGUUGCUUAAUGAGGCCUUCAACAUCAUUGUGCAGCUGGAGGGAAUCGCUCUGAACGAAGAUGCAGUCACCACUUUCAUCCAUCUGGAGUUUCUGAUUGAGAAAAUGAAAGAGACGAGAGACAAAGAGAAGGUGCAGAUACUGGAGAAAAUGAGAGACCGGAUGGACGAGAAGAACAAGUCUGGGGCAAACUACUUUGCAAAAUUUAAAAGUUUUGCCCGUUCAAAAUUGGGUUUUUAAUUUUAAAAUGAACAACCCAAUAUUUCAUGGGCUUUACAGGAGUUAAGGUAAAGUCAGAUAAACAAACGGUGACACAACCAAAAGAGAGAGGCUGAGUUUUAUUUUUAUUUUUACUUACAACUUUAAUCAACACUUUGUUUAUAAAAUGUUUUAACUCUGGUUUAGCGGCACUACGAAGCUCGAUCACUUUGAGUCUCUAACCUGCCCCUGAACUCAAACCUGCACCGGUUAAAUUCCCAAAUAAGACAAGAAAGUUAGAAUAUCAAACAGCGUAACAGACAACAGCAGAUUAACCAACAUUCACAGAAAACAAACAAAUGAACUGUCCCAGAGCGCCCCCUGUCCUUAGACUCUCCUUCAGCGACAAAAACCCAGUGAACAAAACAGAAACCUGGAGAACAACCACGGUGAAGGACAGAUCCACUCCAACUCUGGGUCCUGGUCCCUCCUCCUCCCAGAUUUAUGUGGUGACGGAGAAAAAGUUCCCGGAGAACGAAGACAGCGCAUCAGACUGCCGCUGUGUUUCACGUUUUUUAUUCUGGGCAAAAAAAUUUAAAGUGCAGGUUUUGAUGAUUCUCAAAUUUUUGACUUAAUUUUGUAAAUAUGAAUUAUAGUUUUACACCAGUCGAGGUUAAAAUGUGUUGAAAAUGACUGGAAGUAGAGUUCUUAAACAUAUUAAUGACAUCACACUGAAUUCUGACCAUAAAUUUUACAGUAUUUACAAGAAGCUUUUUUUUUUUUUUUUUUUUUUUUUUGAUUCUUUAAACAUAAUUUUAACUAAAUAAAUGUGUUUUCUUAUAUUUUCUUUUUUAUGUCAUGCUUGGUUUUAUGUUUUGUUUUUGGUUUUUUUUAUAUAUAAUGAUGUAUGCAUAUGUAUCUAAGUUUCUAGAUAAAUGUCCGUGAUGGAAAUUGGACGUAAAAAUGAUUUUGUGUUUAAAUAGAAAAUUAUCAAAAAAAAAAAAGUCUUCCUUUUUUAUUUUAAAUGUUGUUGUUUUUUUAAUCUUCCAGUUUGUUUAUGGCAACUUACCAAAGAAUUUAAAAAAAUAUAUAUCUUAAUGAAUAUGUAAAUGUAUUGAUUUUGUUGUUAUAAAAUUGCAAGUUUCUGAGUAGAAUUCACUGGACUCUGAGGAUUCUGUUUCAGUCCAGACCAUGGAGCUGUGAAGGACCAAAAGAGUUCACUUUUAUGGUACAAGCAUGAAACUUUGCUAGAUUAGUAACAGCCCCAGGACUAAUAUUUCUGGAGUCUAAUGUAACACUGGAGCUGAGAACUGCACAUGUCACAAAAUGGACUACAUGAAAAUGAGGCUGGCAUAAAAAACACUGCAUAAUCUAUUUCUUAUUGUCUAAUUUGCCUAAUUAUCAAUUUUGUAAUGUUGAACAAUUAUUUAUUAUUAUUUUAUUUAUGUAUUUUUUUCUGAACUCCAAAGCAUUAAGGAAGUGACGUGACCGUUUUACUCGAGAAUGGAAGAGUUGUGUUGGUUCUCUGUGGUUGAAAUCCAAGUUAAUACAAUAUUUUAUCUUUUAAAUCCAUAUUUAUUGGGUUUUUGAUGACAAAAAACAUUUAACCAUCUCUAAAGAUCUGCAAGUGUCAUAUCAUAGUUCAAAAUGAUAAUUAAAUGCUGCAUGGAAGCGGCGCUUAACCCCAAACCCCAAAGAUUAUUGGCUUUCUCUCAUAGUUUGAGUUAUCAUAAGAGAUUCAAAUAAACUAAUAUUGUGCUUUUAUUACACGAUAAAGUACUGGCAUGUAUUCCCUUCAGUUUGAGAAAGUAACUGUAUUCUGAAUGCCAUCAAAUGAAAAAGUAACUGCACCAGAAUUUGAGCUACCACACGAAAUUCAAUUAAACUAAUAUAUAUUUUUCCCCUACAUAUUUCUGGUUGAAAAAUUACUUUUAAAAGGUGCAUUGUGUAACUUUUAAGCAGUAAUUUAGCUGAUAGCCUUGUUUACAUAUGAGCCGUUUUGUGACAUACGCAGUAUUUAUCUCAGCUUCCUUAUCCACAAAUGUUGGUCCAAGGGAUGUUAAGAAUCUGGCAAAGUUUCAUGCUUGUACCAAAAAAAUAAACAAUUGGGCACCUUUUUUGUUCCUUAACAGCUCGAAGCCCAUCUGA